UAAUGCUGAGGGUAGUCAAACGGAUGCUAAGGGAAUAAUGAGAACGUUUCAAAAAAUUUUAAUGAUGGAAAAAAUUCCAGCUGUUAACAUUCGCUUAUUGGUUAUUGGAAGAACGGGACAUGGAAAGUCUACCUUAAUUAACAGCAUCAUUGAGCAAUGCAGAGAAAUAUCACCCGAAGGAGCAAGACGUAAUUCAUGCACUACAAAAUCAAGAUCGUUUACUUACCCUGACGUGAUUCCAGGCAUUAACGUCACACUAAUUGAUUCUCCUGGUCUACAACAUGCUAAUGGAGAGGAGCAGAAAUACAUCCAAGAAUUAAAAAGUGAAUGUAAAGAAAUCAGUUUGGUUCUAUACUGUACAAAUAUGAAAGAUUUCCGAACUACCAAAAGUGACAAAGAUGCGAUACAGAAGUUACACCAAGCGUUUGGUUCUAAUUUCUGGAAGAGAGUAGUGUUUGUCCUCACUUUUGCUAAUGAGGAAAACUGUGCACGGAGGGAUGACAGAGAUGGAGAUGAAUCUCAUUUGCUUCCAUGGAAAGAAGUCAAGAAAAAUCGAUUUAAGAAUCGAGUGAAGUUAAGCGAAAAAGGAAUAAGCAAUUUUGUGAAUGAAUGUCUGGGCAUUAAUGAAGAUUUUGAAGCUGUUCCAGCUGGAUGCUACCAAAAAGAUGGUGAUUUUAGUGAUGACCCGAAUGAUGAUCUGACAAAGCUUCCUGAUGGAGAGGACUGGUUGCAUAACACUUCUUGAA